UACAGAAAACGAUUUAUUAUAUGCUCUGCAAUCACUCAAGUUUCAUAACCAAAGUUUGAGUAACCAACAUAAACAAAAGAACAUGGCGUGUGGUCAGAAUUCAAUGUUAAAGCUUUAUCGAAAUUUACUACGAGAAAGUAAAAAGUGGUGUAAUUAUAAUUACAGAGAAUUUGCUUUACGAAAAAUUCGACAUGAAUUUCGAAAAAACAAAAUUAUAGAAGAUCCAACAAAAAUUCAAGAUUGUUAUGUAAAAGGAUUGCAAUCUUUAGAAACGAUAAAAAGACAAGUAAUAAUUGGAAAUUUAUACAAAACAAAUAAAUUAGUGAUCGAAAUGGACAAAGCAUAAUUUAAACGCAAAACA